AUGCCACUUUACCCCUACCUUAAAGAACUUGAGUUGCGAGAUUCUAGCUUGAAGACUUUCCAACGAACACAACAGAUGAUGAUUAUGAAGAACAAAGCAACAGCUUCGUCUUCGUCAAUCUCUCCUCUCUCAAAUUUGUCUAAAUUGUUUAUUUCUCUGAUUGAGAAUCUACAAUCUCUCCCAGAUGAGCCAACAGGCCUCACUUCUCUCAAGACUCUUUAUAUCCAUGGGUGUCUACGAUUGAAGUACUUGUCUACUGCUAUUCGACAUCUCAGCUCUCUUCAAGAGCUAAAGAUUAGCACCAGCUAUGAGGCACUUGACAUAUUCCACAACCACGAGGGUGAUCAUGAUGAGAACUUUUAG